GCACUUUUCAUUCACUUCGCUCUAGCUUUCUUGGCAAAGCCGAGCCCAAAUCCCAGCUGCUCCUUCCACUUUGGACCAGAGCGUUUGCCAAGACCAUCGAAAUUCCAUCAAGAGGCUGCAACGAUACACUUCUUCAGCUUCACCAAUAUCCCGAGCAAGCACAGCCACGAUGGCGCCAUCCCGAAUCCAGCUCACGAUCGAGCUCCCGGCCGACAUUGUCCAAGACAUCAAUAGCCAGCACGGCACGUUGACGGACCACCGAAUUGAUUCCGCCUGCGUGCACGCAAUCUUCAUUGCUGCUCGGAAUCAAACAGAGAUCAUAACUCCGGCAAUAACGGGCGCGAAGGAAGAGCUCUCCUCUGUACCGAAAGCGGCCGGAUCAACGACAUGGUGAGCGAGUUCCGGGUCGGAAGGAUCCCAAUCACCCACGUUCAACUACAUCCACCCGCCACUGAAACAGUUCUCGCCACUUUCAGUCGUCCCGCAGGAUCCCACAAGCCGUCAAUCUCGUCCCUCGGACCAAGAUCAGAUCAUGCAGGUCUUCAUCAAGGUCUUGAAGGAAGACAGUCACCUUGGAAAUUAG